AUGAAGGCCAGCCUGUCCCUCCCCUCGCCGUCGAGCGCCCGACGACGCGCCCUCAUCUACUUCAUCCCCGGCAACCCGGGCGUCGUCGAGUUCUACACCGACUUCCUGCGUUGCCUGCGCGCGCUGCUCGACAAGACGGAGAGCUCCACAGGGUACGACAUCUACGGGCGCAACCUGCUCGGCUUCCGCGACGCCGACCACGCCCCGUUCGGUGCGCAGAACCCGCCGUACGACCUGGACGCGCAGGUCAACGGCGUCUGGGCCCACGUCGCCGCGCAGCGCGACGCGCAAGGUCAGCCGUACGACGCCGUCAUCUUGGCCGGCCACUCCAUCGGCGCCUACCUCGCCGUCGAGACCUUCCGCCGGCAGUCGCAGCACCCCAAACCCGGGCUGCGCCUGCGCCACGGCUUCCUGCUCUUCCCGACCAUCAGCCACAUCGCGCGCUCACCCAGCGGCCUACGCGUCACCGCGCUGCAGCGCAACCGCCUGCUCCCCGGCGUCGAGGCGAACCUGCACCGCAUCGCCGCCGCGCUGCUGCUCCUCCUACCGCAGACCGCGCUGCGCUGGGUGUGGGCGCGGUACCUCGGCUUCAGCCCGGCGGCGGCGGCGACGCUCGCGGAGUGGCUAAAGAGCCGCGACGGCGUGUGGCAGGCCAUCCACCUCGGGCGGUCGGAGCUGAGGCAGGUCCGCGAGGACACGUGGGAGGACGCGCUCUGGGACGCCGAGGCGGCGGAGGGUAGUGCCGGGGUGGCGCCGAGGUUCUUCUUCUUCUACGGCAAGCACGAUCACUGGGUGGACAACGGGUUGCGCGACGAGUUCAUCGCGAGGCACGAGGCGCGCGGGGAUGCACAGGGGCGGCCGUCGAUCGAGGUCGACACGGGCGAUGUUGCGCAUGCGUUUUGCACGAGAGAAGAUACGAGUCUCCAGGUCGCCGAGAAAGUCCACGGCUGGGUUCAAGCUAUCGAGGAGCAUCAAGAAACGUUGUAG